AUGCAAUUCAACACUUCGGUUUUAUCCGCCAGUUCAAAAGCCCCUACUCUUCUUGAAAAUGAAGGGAUCUUUUUCCACGGUCAAUCCAUCGAUGGCGCUACUUCUUCAGUUUCCACUUUUGCGCCUAAGCUCUUUGAGACAGAAAUAAAAAAUGUCCAGCUUGUAUCUGCUGGAAUUGGCUUCUCCGUGAUUCUGGCAAACGGAGAGCUCUACGGCUGUGGGCUGAAUACUUCUGGACAACUUGGAUUUCAGGGGUACUCUAAAUAUCACGCGGAAAAGCUCGAAUCUGAAGUGAAAAACUUGGAAAUCGUCAAAACUCUUAGCAAAAUAAAAACGUCGAAGCUUCCUUCAAGUCAGAUUAUUUCGAUUUCCGCGGGUCGCCAGCACUUUGGCUUUGUAACGGACACUGGAAAGGUGCACCUUCUUGGGUCAAAUCGAAGUGGUCAAUGUGGAAGAAGAGUGAACUUUGAUGAAAGCUCUUUUGAGCGACCAACAGAGUUUGUUUUCGACACAGCGGUUCGUUUCGGAUCUCCAGCCGUCAAAAUAUCAUGCGCGUUUGACUCAACCUUGGUCUUGCUAGAAAAUGGAAGGGUUAUUUCAUUUGGUAAUGGUUGGGACGGACAGCUAGGAAGAGGCGACUUUGUUUCCGACCACAGUCCGAACUUUGUCGAUUGCGAAGAGCGUUUUGUUGAUAUUGAUUCUUGUGCCGACUGGACUCUUGCGAGAACGGAAGAUGGGCGAAUUUUCGGCUGGGGAAAUAACGAAUACAAUCAGAUUUCAUCGCAAGAAGUUGAUCGAAUCGGCAAGCCACAAGAGAUCUUCUUUGACGAGUUCUUCGAAAACAUCAAAGUCCUCAAAAUCGCGUGCACAUCAAGUCAAGGCUUUGCACUUGUCGAAUCUGAUGUUAAAACUGGCACAGCUCUGUAUAGCUGGGGCUACGGAUUUCAUAAUGAUGUCUCCACGGAACCGACGACUAGAAAAUAUCCACAAGAGAUUGCGCUCGAUGUCAAUAUCAAGAAUAUUUUCGGAGGUGUUAAUGCUCUGGCAGUUCUCACGGAAAAUGAUGAUCUUCUAACUUUUGGCAAAAACGAAAAAGAUGUUCUCGGCCAUUUGAACCGCGGAAAUCUCGCAGAAUACAUCAUCGAAACUCCAAAGACGAUUUCCCAAGUGGCGAUCGGCCUGAAUCACGUCAUUAUAGCUGGCAGCAAAGAAACGAAAAAGGUUGAAUCAACUUUCAGCCAUCAAGUUGUUGAAGAUAGCACUCCGAUACAAAAUAUAAUUGAAGCUGAAAUCGCUGCUGUUAUGGAAAAUGACUCUACCUCGACGCCAACUGAAGACAUAAAGAAUAAUUCUCAAAAGAAAGAUGCUCCUGAAAAGCCUGUCAAGGAAGAUCUGCAAGAGAAACGUGGAUAUCAGGGCAAAAACUUUGACCCCAACUUCAAAAAAUUCGCCAAGCCAGCUCCUCAAGAAGAUGCUCCAAGAAGAGGCUACGUGGGCAAAAACUUUAACCCGAACUAUAAAUCGGAUCCGAUUAAAGUCCACCAUAACCCCAAAACAUAUCAUAAACAGGGAAAGAACUUCGACCCCAACUACAAGAAGAAAUUCAACCAGCCACCUUCUGAAUAUGGAUACAAAGGCAAAAACUACGACCCGGACUAUCAUCUUAAGAAAAAGCAGCAGCGAGAAAAUAAAAAUAAUCCUCACUUCAAACAAUCUUCUGAAAGUUCAACUGAAAGCUUUGGUUAUAAAGGGAGAAACUACGACCCGGAUUACUAUAAAAAGAAAUAUCAAAAAUAA